AAAGAGGCCCGAGUAGCGUGACGAAGAGCCCAGUGGUCAGACACCAGCUGAUCUUGGUGCUCCUCAAGCUUCCCAGAAAGCCAGACAUGUCAGACACUGAGGAUAUCCUGGAGGAGCAGGAGGAGGAGUACGAAGAGGUGGAAGAGGAGCAGGAAGAGGAUGUGAGAAGAAGCGAAGAAGUGGCGGUAAAGGAAGAGGAUACAGAACAGGAGGAAGAGUCCAAACCUCGACCCAAACCCACUUAUGUGCCAAACAUCGCACCCCCCAAGCUGCCAGAUGGCGAGAAGGUAGACUUUGAUGACCUGCACCGCAAGAGACUGGAGAAGGACUUCAAUGACCUCCAGAGCCUCAUCGAGAUGCACUUCUCCAACCGCCAGAAGGAGGAAGAGGAACUGGUCGCUCUGCGCACCCGCAUCGAGCGCCGCCGCUCGGACCGCGCCGAGCAGCAGCGUGUCCGUGCCGAGGAGGAGCGGGAACGCCAGGCGAGGGUGACUGAGGAGCGGGUGAGGCGCGAGGAGGAGGUGGCCAAGCAGCGCGCUGAGGAGGAGGCCAAGAAGAAGAAGAUCUUCACCAACAAGUCCUUCGGCGGCUACCUGCAGAAGGUGGACCAGAAGAAGGGCAAGAAGCUGACGGCACGCGAGGAGAAGAAGAAGGCGCUCCUGGAGCGCCGCAAGCCACUCAACAUCGACCACCUCAACCAGGAGAAGCUGGCCGAGAAGGCGCAGGACCUGUGGGCUUGGCUCCACCAGCUGCAUGCCGAGAAGUUUGAGCUGGCCGAGAAGCUCAAGCGGCAAAAGUACGACAUCUACGUCCUGAGAAACCGUGUCAGCGACCACCAGCGUGGAUCCAAAGCAUCCAAAACCUCUCGCGGGGCCAAGGGCAAGUCUGGGUCCUGGAAGUGAGGAUGCAGAAACCUUCCACGGACAUUUUGGCUUGUUUGUAACCAACUUUAUCGAGAGCUCCUUUUUUAAGAGCUCCUCUGGGGAAUGCUUUAAGUCGCUAGU